GUGGCCUCCUGUCCCGUCCGUUACGUUCAACGCCGUUCUAUUCCCGGCGGUUUAAAUUCCGAAAACACCCCUCAACUCCCUUAAAAUUACCAUCGCAUUCCCUCUCUCUCUUUCUUCCCACAUCCCUUCUGGCCUUCACCGUCUCCAGCACUCAUGUCCUGCCUCUUUCUCCCUUCUUCCUUUUCCCCCCCAGUUCUCACCAAACCCUAAUCUCGCCGGAAAACUGCUCCCAAUUAACCAACAGAUUCGCGGUAAUCAAUAAAAUCCCAAAUCCCAAAAGAUUUUCUCCCGGAAUUCCCUUCAGAAUCCUGCACAUUUCCCCACUAUUGCUGCCAAGCUGCCGAUGGCUAAUACCUCCCCUCCCAUUUCCUCCCCACAUCCUUCCACAAUUCCACUCUCACUACAGAGCAGCACAAGAUUUCCGCCAUCUCCUUCCAAUUCCUCCCGUUUUACAAUUCCUUCAUCAAUAUUCUCGACCCCAUUUGUCCUCUCUGUCUCCCUUCUUUUAUCUCUCCCCGUUCUGUUUUUCCUCCUGGGACCUGCCUUCCAUACCCAGCCCCUCCCCCCCAUCCCCUUCCCUGAUGAAGUCGACGACCUCCGCCUCUUCCGCCGUGCCUCCUCCGCCUCCUAUUCCACCUCCCAUCUCUCUACCUCCUCACCCAAACUCAAAAUCGCCUUCCUUUUCCUUACAAACACAGACCUUUACUUUGCCCCCUUAUGGGAACGCUUCUUCAAUAAGCAAAGGAAUUCCCUUUAUAACAUUUAUGUCCAUGCCGAUCCCACCGUAAAUAUCACGCGCCCCCAUGGUGGUGUCUUCGAGAACCGCUUCAUCCCAAACGCCAAACGCACCUUCCGUGCUUCUGCCACCCUCAUCUCCGCCACUCGCCGCCUCCUUGCCACUGCACUCCUGGACGACCCUGCCAACGCCUACUUCGCCGUCCUCUCCCAGUACUGCAUCCCCCUUCACAGCUUCCGUUACGUAUACCACUCCCUCUUUUCCUCUCCUUCAUUUGAUUUAACCGAUUCGGAUCCUGGUCCUCAGCUGGCUCAGUUGGGGAUGCGAGUAAGCUACCGGAGCUUUAUCGAGAUACUAUCAAAGGAACCAAGGCUUUGGAAGAGGUACGUCGCUUCGGGGAGGGAUGCGAUGUUGCCGGAAGUUCCAUUUGAGCGGUUCAGGGUUGGAUCUCAAUUUUUUGUUUUAACUCGUAAACACGCUUUGGUAGUGGUCAGAGAUCGGAAGCUUUGGAACAAAUUCAAGCUGCCAUGUUACAGUGCCGAUGAUUGCUUCCCUGAGGAGCAUUAUUUUCCAACAUUGCUAUCAAUGCAGGAUGCUAAGGGGUGCACCCAUUAUACUUUAACUCAAGUCAAUUGGACUGGAACAGCUCAUGGGCACCCUUAUACAUACAAGCCAAGUGAGGUCUCUUCUGAGCUAAUUUCUCGGUUAAGGAACUCCAAAUACUCCAGCUCUUUCUUGUUCGCGAGGAAAUUCUCACCGGAUUGUUUGGCACCAUUGCUGUGUAUUGCUGAUUCUGUCAUUUUCAGGGACUGAGAUUUUUUUACCUGGUAAGUAAAUUUCUUGUUUUUUCCUCUGAUUUCUGUUUUAUUUUUCCUAGUUAUGAUUCCAUUCUGGUGUGCUGGUUAACUUUUCAUUUGUCAAGUUGAUUAGUGGGGCUAGUAACGUGUUAGAUGGACAUUAGUUUCAUCUAAUCUUGAAAGUUGGGAAUUUUGUUUUCUAGAAAGUUGGAAAAGUCCGAGUCAAUUCUCA